CCCUUCUGUUUUGUUUGUGCCUGUCAAAGUUUCGGGGGAGUGGAUUUGUUAUCAGCAAUCUUUACAGAGUGAUCUGGUCAAAGGGCACCAGGGACUGUGGAAAAGCGGAGCAUGUUCAUCCAUUCAAAUUAACCAGGGAAUAAACUCUAGUAAGGUUUCAAGAAUGACUAAAGAAAAAACUCAGCUGAAGGAGAUUGUAGAGGCAGUAAGUGUUCUGCAAUGGGUGCUGAGCUUUCUCUUCUUGGGAGUGGCUUGCAUUAUCUUGAUGGUGUAUCUUAUGUUUACCUCUUUGUGGCCACUGCCCACUCUGUAUUUCAUGUGGCUGGUGAUGGAUUGGGACACUCCUGAAAAAGGGGGCAGGAGAACAACAUUUGUGCGGAGUUGGAGGGUAUGGGAGCACUUCAGAGACUUUUUUCCAGUUAAACUGGUGAAGACAGUGGAGCUGAAUCCAAAAAAAAACUACAUCUUUGGCAGCCAUCCGCAUGGUAUCAUGUGUGCCGGGGCCUUUGCCUGCUUCAGCACCGAGGCCUGUGGUUUUGCAGAGAUGUUUCCUGGGGUACGAGCCUCCCUGGCAAUACUGGCAGGCCUUUUCAGGAUACCGCUCUUUAGGGACUACAUAAUGAGUGCAGGCCUUUAUCCAGUCAGCAAACCCAGCCUAGCGAACCUCCUUUCUAAAAAAGGAAAAGGAAAUGCAGUGGUGAUUGUUGUGGGGGGUGCUGCUGAGUCUCUGGCAUCCUCUCCUGGAGUCAACACAGUGGUCAUGAAGCAAAGAAAAGGAUUUGUCAGGAUUGCUCUCGAGUUUGGAGCUGAUCUGGUGCCGGUUUAUUCAUUCGGGGAGAAUGAACUCUUUCAGCAGGUGAUUUUCUCAGAGGGCAGUCUGGGUCGCAGGUUGCAGGACUUAUUUAAAAAAAUCAUGGGUUUUGCACCAUGUCUAUUUGUUGGUGAGCGCUUUGCAUUCCUGCCCUACCGGACUCCGGUCACUACUGUUGUGGGAAGUCCAAUCUCAGUGCCAAAGCGUGUCACACCUACUGAGGAGGAGGUUGAUCACUAUCACAGACUCUACAUGGAGGCCCUCACUAAACUAUUCCAUGAACACAAAGUCAGCUGUGGACUUUCUGAAAGCCACAGGCUUCAGAUCAUUUAGACAUUUCUUCUCCUUUUUUUUCUCAUUAAUGUAUUCAUUACACUACUUUUCGUGUUCACUUAAAGUUUAUAUCCAGGAGUCUGUGCAUAGCAAAGCGAUUCAGUGAAGAAUUGUGUUAUGUCGAACGAAAUGACCAUCUCUGUUAGUUAUACUUCAUAAGCAGCCUACAAAACAGGGAAUUCAACCCUACCUACUCAGCAGUUCAUUCACAUGCUGAUAGCUUAUUUUAAUGGCUCAUGGUAAUCUAGCUGAUAAUUUUGUCUUAUCUAUUUUAUAUCAGUGGGGGGAAAUUCCUCAGUUUUCACCAGUUUCUUUUAUUUCAGUCUACCUGUGGGUCUGUGUGUAAUAUACCAAAUAAAAGCUAACAUACAAACUUCCUAUCAGUAAAUCAACUGGUUUAAGAGAAUAAAAAACCUUUUCAGAGGAAAGUCGUCACUCUUGCACUGUUUCAUUAUUCUAGCUGCCAAAUAUUGUAGUGCUGUGAUCACCUUCAUUAACAGUAAUAGUGUUGCUGCACUGUCUCACAAUAGACUAACAAGAAACAAUCCUGCAGGAUCUAAUGCUUAGUAUAUCAUUAGUAUA